UACAUUCAAGUUUAAGAAGGAAGGAGAUGGAGAUUCCUAUAAUAGAUUUUGAUGAACUCCAUGGUGAGAAAAGGAGUAAGACAAUGGCACUUCUGCACCAGGCUUGUGAGAAAUGGGGCUUCUUUCAGGUUGAGAACCAUGGAAUUGACAAGAAGUUGAUGGAGAAGGUGAAGCAGUUAGUGAAUUUACACUACGAUGAAAAUUUGAAGCAAAGCUUCUAUGAAUCUGAGGUAGCUAAGAGCUUGAAGCAUAAAGAAAGUACCUCAGAUGUAGACUGGGAAACUACCUUUUUCAUCUGGCACCGCCCAACAUCUAACAUCAAUGAAAUUCCAAACCUCUCAGAAGAUCUUCGAAAGACAAUGGACGAAUACAUUGCUGAACUGAUUAAACUUGCAGAAAAGCUUUCUGAGCUCAUGUCUGAGAAUCUUGGUUUAGAGAAAACUUACCUAAAGGAAGCAUUCUCAGGGAAUAAAGGUCCUUCUGUGGGAACAAAAGUAGCUAAAUACCCUGAGUGUCCUCAUCCAGAGCUUGUAAGAGGACUUCGGGAACACACUGAUGCUGGUGGAAUCAUACUCUUGCUCCAAGAUGACCAGGUCCCUGGUCUUGAAUUCCUAAAAGAUGGAGAAUGGGUCCAGAUUCCACCAUCAAAGAACAACACCAUUUUUAUAAACACAGGUGAUCAAGUGGAGGUACUUAGUAAUGGCAGGUAUAAAAGUAUUCUGCACCGUGUCAUGACAGACAAGAUUGGAAGCAGACUCUCUAUCGCGACCUUUUAUAAUCCAGCUGGUGAUGCCCUCAUUUCUCCGGCUCCCAGACUCUUAUAUCCAACUCAAUAUCGAUUCCAAGAUUACCUGAAGCUUUAUUCCACCACAAAGUUUUCGCCAAAGGACCCAAGAUUUGAGGCCAUGAAAACAAUGGCUAAUGGACACCUUGUCUAAGGGUAACCUAUUAUUUGGUUACACAUAUUGUUCACAUAAAGUUUGUUUGUCAACUAUGUUGUGAUGUUUUCUAGAUUAAACCUAUGCAAUAUUAUUUUUCCAGCAAGCAAGAAUAUGAGAUGAUGUUUCUAUAACUCCAAAAAUAUAUAGAAUAAUACUGU